AUGUCACGAAGGAAGCAGAGGAAACCUCAACAGCUCAUCUCUGACUGUGACAACUCAACCUCUUCAGAGAAUGGAGACACAGCCAGUGAAGAAGUUCAGAUAUGUAGGAAAUGCUGUGCUCAGUUUGAUGAGCCCUCUGACUUUGCAAGGCAUAAGGAAUCUUGUCAUCUUAACAGCCAAGUUGUGGUAAUUGUAGAGAAUCAAGAGGACGCUGUAAAAAGGCAAAAAGUAAGCAUCAGCGAAGGAUCUGCUUCAAGAUCGUACACCCCAGACAACAAUGGGACAGGACUAAAACCAUUGGGGAUUGAUGAUUGUGGCAGAGGCACAGCUUUAGGCAUGAUAAAUGCUAUGAGGCCAGAGAUGGACAAAAAGGGUGUUGGCCCAUCCCAACGCUUUCUCAUUCCAAAUGGAGGCUUGAUCAUGGAGGGGUUGUCAGGACCAAAGGUUGGAAUGGCUCCAGUGAGUCAGGAAGCUGUUUCAGGGGGUCAGACAGCUGCAGCUCCUAUAAACAUACCUAUGAUAUUAGAAGAGUUGAGAGUACUCCAACAGAGACAGAUUCAUCAGAUGCAGAUAACUGAGCAAAUAUGUCAGCAAGUGUUGAUGCUAGGAUCUCUCUCCAUGCCACCAUUAACACAGAGUAGUUCUUCACCUGAAGGACCAUCCGGCACCAAGUCUCUACCAGUCUUCAGCCCACCCAAACAAGCACAGUCUGUGCCAGAACCAGUAAAGCCAUUUUGUGCAGAAGAAACCUCCAAGCAAGCCUUUCUUCAUCUUUACAAUCCUAUGGGACAGCCUUUUGUUGCCAAAAGUGUCCCAAAUGGAAAGGAUAGUUUGAUGGGAGGAUUCUGUGAUAAGUCUUCUCAACGCCAAGCUUCAGUACCAAGCUCUCCUCCUAGCCAACUCAUUUCACCACAUACAAUUUUUCCUCCAGGAUUACCAACAUUACAGACAGGAUUGUUUUUAGGUACCAGAGUUUUAGAAACCACUCCAAGUCUGUUAAAACAGAAAAACAGUGAGCCCCUUCGUGGAGAAAGCCAACAGGAUAGAUCUUCAGGAAGACACAAAUGCCGUUUCUGUGCAAAAGUCUUUGGAAGUGAUAGUGCCCUUCAGAUUCACCUGCGAUCUCACACUGGGGAAAGGCCAUACAAAUGCAACAUAUGUGGAAACCGUUUUACUACUAGAGGUAAUCUGAAAGUACACUUUCAUCGCCAUCGAGAAAAGUAUCCUCAUAUACAGAUGAACCCACAUCCUGUUCCAGAACAUUUGGACUAUGUUUUAACCAGUACUGGACUUCCCUAUGGAAUGUCUGUGCCUCCAGAGAAAUCAGAGGAAGAAACCAUAGAAAAGAAACCCAUAGUGGCCCCAAUGUUGGCCACAGACAGUCUAAGUAUUUUCUCUAGCUCAAGUGCCCAGGGACUCCCUUCCCUCAAUAAAUUGGUACUCAUGAGUGCUAGUGAUGGAGCUGCUGGGGUAAAGGGACCCAACAGUUGUCCUAAAACAAAGGCUGAUGAAAACACUCCUCCAGGUGAAAGAUCCGAGAUUGGGGGAACUGCAGUAAGUGGAAGGAUGCAACUCAGUAAGUUAGUGACGUCUCUUCCAAGUUGGGCAUUGCUGGCAAGCCACUUUAAAUCUGGAACAUUCCCUUUUCCUUAUGCAGUUGAGCCACUAGGCUACUCAGAGACCUCAAAGCUACAGCAACUGGUGGAAAAAAUUGAUAAACAAUCCACUGUAUCUAACCAAUGUGUAAUCUGUCUCAGAGUGCUCAGCUGUCCCAGAGCAUUAAGGCUCCAUUAUAACCAACACGGUGGAGAAAGACCCUUCAAGUGUAAGAUAUGUGGAAGAGCAUUUUCUACGAAGGGCAAUUUAAAAGCCCAUUUUGUAGGUCAUAAAUCUAGUUUAUCAUCCAAGCCACAAAACUCAUGUCCAAUUUGUCAAAAGAAAUUUACUAAUGCUGUGACUCUCCAACAGCAUAUAAGGAUGCAUUUAGGGGGACAGAUACCUAAUGUAGAUAUUCCUGAUGGUGGAGGGAGUAAUACAGAAUGCCUAGAGGAUAAGAGCAACCCAGAUUUCACAGAUGAAGGUAUCACUGAUGAGGAAUCUUUGGAUGGCAGCGACUCAGAAAAUGAAAAAACAGCUCUGAUAGAUUCAGAAAUAUCUAGCAUAGAUGAUGAUACUGCUGCCUCAAUUGUAAAGAAAACUGAAGAGAAUAAUACCAAUAUUCUAACAAAUAUUCAUCCAAUAUCACAUGGAGGCAAAGAGCAAGAUACAUCUUCAGACAUGAAUACAGUUACUGAACCAGACUCUGAAGCUGUUACAGACUCUAUAACAAAUGAUAAGUCAAGUGGUGAUAAGGAGGGAAAAAUGGAGACAGAUCUAAAUGACAACCUCCAGAAAUCAGAAUUAUUAAAGAAUCCUGUAGCUGAAAAUGAUGAUGAAAAGAAAACAGCUGAAAAUGUGAGCAUCUCACGAGAGGAAAGCCCACAGCUUGAGAAGGAAUUUGACAUCUGCAAUCUCUGUUUGGAGAAGUUUCCCAGUAGUGAGUCACUAGAGGACCAUGCCAAGUGCCACACCAAAGAUGGGCUGUUCCACUGCCUUGUUUGCAAGCAGAGCUUCCUAGAGGCAUCCAUUCUGAAGAAACAUGUGCUGGAGGCACACCAGGUGAGCCAAAAUUUCCCUCCUCAGCUGGUCAGCAGUCCCAAAUGCACAGGUGAUGAUAUUUCAGCUCCAGCCCAAACAUUUGUGGUGAGUCCAGUGAAGAGCAAAGUAGUAAGCUCUCCCCAGACAAUGGCACUGGUCCAGCUUCCUGCACUGUUGGUGCCCUCAUCCCUGUCCCCUCCUUUGAGACGCAGCCCUAAGCAGCAUCUAUGUAUAGUAUGUAAGAAGACGUUCUCCUCAGCCAGUGCCUUGCAGAUUCAUGAAAGGAUACACACAGGAGAGAAACCUUUUUCCUGCAAUAUGUGUGGAAGGGCGUUCACAACACGGGGGAAUUUAAAGGUCCACAUGAGCACACAUGUGUGGAGCAGUAACUCCUCCAGAAGAGGAAGACGCCUUUCUCUGGACAACCUUGGCCCCCUGCUCUCAGGAACACCAGUGAAGCUGCAGGACUUCUUGUCUAGAGAUAUUUCCACCCAAUUUGUAGGGGUCAGCCCUCUUUCAUUUUUGAACCAAUAUACAGCAUAUCUUACCAGUGGUCCUCUCCCUACAAACAAUGGAAUAACAUCUGCGGCAGCUGUCAUUUCCCCAACUGCUCUGAUUGGCUUACGAACAGGAAAAGGUGGCAAUAUUCCUGUUGGGAACCUUGUAGAAGUUCAAGAUAGAAAAAGUGUUGAAACACCACAAGUAAAGGAAGAAAAGUAGGCUCAAAACUUACAUACUUUGUGUAAAUUAAUCUUUUUCAAGCUAUGAUGAAUAGAUUUAGUCACCAAACAGACAGUGGGGGUUGGAAAUCUGCAAUUAAGGAUGUUUCUUCAUAGCAAAACGGAAGACAAAAACAUUUACUAACAACUUUACAUAAUUUUGCCGCUGAGAUUUUCAUUUAUCUAUUGACAACUUAUAAACAAAUUCUGAGUAUUAAUAAAACUCAACUGUGAAAGAC